CUACAGCGUUGUCCUACCCAGUCGUUGCCCCAGCCAAUCCUCCCUCCCUUGUUAGAAAUCAAGUUUCACAGUUAACGCGUUCACACAGCUGCAGCGGGUAUGCCCCCCAGUGCCAACAGCCGUUCUCCGCGCCUCCCAGCAAAUACUAUCCGCAGGUCCGGCCAUAUCCACACUGAGCCCAAGAGACCUUCGGUCAUCUUCAACGUUCUCUUCUAGGUGUUAGUUGUUGCAGCACUUCCCACGGAGACAACGGUGAAACAUCGACAGUCACAUCGCUUAAGAUAUGAAAGUGAAGAUCAAAUCCUGGAACGGAGUGGCUUCCUGGCUGUGGGUGGCUAACGAUGAAAACUGUGGGAUCUGCCGUGUGUCUUUCAAUGGGUGCUGCCCCGACUGUAAGGUGCCGGGAGACGAUUGCCCGCUGGUAUGGGGGCAGUGCUCCCACUGUUUCCACAUGCACUGCAUCCUGAAGUGGCUCAACUCCCAGCAAGUGCAGCAGCAGUGUCCUAUGUGCCGGCAGGAGUGGAAGUUCAAAGAGUGACCCCGCGGUGCCAGGGGCUCUCCUAGCAGCAUCCACACUUUCCAGCUUCAAAGGGGCUGCUGGAACUAAGCUUCAACCAAAAUACACUGUGCUUUACAAUAAAGGAUUUUGCCUUCAAAGAUAGUCAAACUGGCACAAAUUCCUGGGCAAAUGACACCUUAUACCAUAAUACUAGUUCAAAAGCCCUAACAUUUUGAAUAUCAUUUGCAAUUUGAAUAGUCAAGAAAAGUACCCAUGGUUUAAAUUGUAAAUAUGGUAUUGCUGUUUGUUGUUUGUUUAGAUAUCUUCUUCAAAUUUAGGAUAGUGGUGCCGUAGUCUUUAGGAUUAGUUAUAUAAUUAAAACAUCUGUCUUUAUAACCAGUUAGUUUUUUAUAGUAGUACACUUGUUUUAAGCCACUAGUAUGUCACAUAUAUGUGUUUCUGGAGCAUUAGUCUGAUUCCGUAAGUGCUUUUAUAAUCUGUUCCACUGCCACAGCUGUUUUUUCUAGUUGGCUAAAAUGGUAAUUCGAUCCCUGCAUGUGUGAAAUGUAUUUAUUGCAGAUUUAUAGUUACUUAAACAAUGCUAUCACAGCAGGGUUAAAAAGAAAAUGACAUUGGAUAUUGGCUUGUAUUUAUUAUACAGGACAUACAUUUAUACAUUAACAAAGUACUCUUGAAGUAUAUUGUGUUAUCAGUAAUAAAACAAACUCACUGUACAAACCA